GCCCAUAGCACUCGUGUUGGUGUUGGACAAGCGUACAAAACUGUGCUGAAGGUGCAAUAAUUACGCUUAUAAUCGACUAAAAUACGCGAAUCUCCUAAAUAUAUCACGCACGCCUAACGUGCUCUCUUAAUUAUAUUGCAACGAUCCCUACGCGCCAAAUAUGGCGACAGCCAAGCGAUUAUUAAUAAAUGACGGCAACUGCGAGACUGGAAAUGAUGAAUCUCUGGUCGGUGCCAGUGGCAGUGAAGCCAAAAGACUUAAAUGUGAUGACAAAGAAGUUGCAGGUGACGCCGAAUCGCCUUUAUACUUCCCCAAAGAGGUUGAUGUUGGCAUUACAGAAUACGUCGGCCGCCACCAAGGAUUUUUUGGGGUUGUUAAACAAAGAUAUUCAGAUUUUGUAGUUAAUGAGGUUGACACGUCAGAGCAAGUGCUUAGACUUAAUGAUGUAUCCAAACCAGAAUGUGCCAGUACUGUGAGAAUGAAAACUAAAAGUACUGAGGGGAUCUUGUCAGAGGAGGACUUAAAGAAGCUUGAUGGGCUAGAAGCUGACGGAGUACCAGUAACAUUAAACGUGGUUGAUGCUGAAAACAAAGCCAUUAGGACGAAAGUACACAAUGUCAUAUCUCAACUCUACAUGUCAUUUGAUAGCGAAACAAUUGAGAAAGAUGGGAAAAAGGUCAUUGUUGUCAGCAAAAGUAAAGGAAAUCGGCGAUCAGCCCAUUCAGAUUGGCCGUCUACGAAGGGUCAGUACUGUCACUUUCUACUAUAUAAAGAGAACAGAGAUACAGCUGAUGCUAUCAAUACCAUUGCACGACUACUAAGGCAAAAAAAUGGAAGCUUUGCAUAUGCUGGUACAAAGGACAAGCGGGGUAAAACAACACAAGCAGUGUCUGCCUACAGAGUGAGAGCAGAGCUGUUACAUGGGCUGAACACAACACUCAAGGGCAUCACACUGGGAAACUUUCAUUACGAAGCAAAGACUCUUCGAUUGGGGCAGCUGAAGGGCAAUCAGUUCACGAUCGUGUUACGGAAUGUCACUAAUGCGAGAAAUGUGGAUGAAGCCAUGGCCAGUCUCCGUGACAACGGUUUUAUUAAUUAUUAUGGGAUGCAACGAUUUGGUACCACCACCAUUCCUACACACCACGUUGGCAGGGCACUAUUGCUGAGCAAAUGGCAGGAAGCUGUUGAGCUUAUUCUGAAGCCACGAGAAGGAGAAAAUGAUGAAAUAUCUGAGAGUCGGCGGGUGUUUUGGGAAACAAGAAAUGCCAAAGUCGCACUUGAGAAGCUGCACAAGUGGCGAUGCGUUGAGGGACAGCUGCUGCGGGGGUUGGCCGGAAGCAGGCACAAGAACGACUUCCUAGGUGCCAUCACAUCGGUACAGGCCGCGUCGGGCUGGGGACCUGAUUCUUCUGGCCGGUGCAAGGAGAAAAGUGACGGAGAUGGUGGAACUGUCGACAAUCCUCAGAGAAGCGGGGUCAGAGCACUAACAGAAGACGAAGUGCACCAGUAUGACAUCACAGACAUUGUCUUGCCGCUGCCUGGAUACGACAUCACCUAUCCUGCAAAUGAAGUUGCAGAUUGGUACAAGGAAUUGUUGGCCGUUGAUGGGUUGAGUUCUGCCGCACUCAAGCACAAAGUCAAGGAUUAUGCGCUCCCCGGUGCCUACCGAAAGAUCCUCGUGAAGCCGACGAAUCUGUCCUGGAAGCUGUAUGGUUACCAUGACAACACGCUCCCCCUCACGCUCAGUGAUCUGGACCGACUGAACAUGGUCGAUGAGCCGGAGUCCAUUGCUGAUGGCCUGUUUGAGGGCCUAAGGGUGGAGUUCUCGUUACCGUCCUCGUCAUAUGCGACGAUGGCGCUGAGAGAAGUGCUGAAGAUUGACACGUCUGCUGCGUACCAGACAACCUUAAACGAUAAAGCCACGGGGGCUGAUGGCGGAAGAAGCCAGGCCACGUUAAGCGAUGAAGGAGCCAGGGCUUCAGCAACCCACGAGAAUAGUAUCAGUGAUGAGGCAUCUAGUACUGCUACCCCCGCAGGCCAGGUUUCUGCUAGUGAUUCGGCGUCGCACGACGAGAAUAGCGGGCAGGAUAACUGACAGCAGACACACAGGUGGUGACUUUAUUAGGGACGUAAUUGCCAAUGACGACAGUAGACUGCUUUUAGUUGUGGCAACUGCCGCCGGGGAAUGCCUGAAGGAUGCUAUCUAAACCCUUUUAGUGCUGGGGUGUUCUAGCCCGCAGUGCAGGUCCCACGCAAUACAAUAAUAAAAAUUAUGACCCGCGGUGCAGGUCACACGCACUGAAAAGGUUAACUGUUAGUGGCAUUCUAAAUGGCUGUAAUUUACACAGUGAUGUGCACUGAUUCAACCGGUUGACUAACUGCGAUCGGCAGAGAACGUUUGUUGCCUUCGAAAUGUGUGACUGGUGUUGUUAUGGCUGUUAAUGUUAUCAGGAACAUACUGAAACUGUAUAGCUGUAUUCGUGCUGUUAUACUCUGAUAGUCUGAUAUAAAUGUUAUCAAACAAUUAUGAAACUAUGUGGUAGCAGAUGGCGCCACCAGUCUGAGCAUUAGUAUGUUGGUCAAAAUCGGCGGUUAGGACAAAUUUUGAUGCCUGAUCGUAGUAAUUUAUAGUCAUCAUCUUUCCAGAAACUUAUUCAUCUUGUUAGAAAUUCAUUGGCUAUACACACUGUCCUGAUCUAUGCGUGUUAAUAUAUAGAUGGCAU